AUGUUGCGAAUUGGCGUUGAUGUCGGAGGCACUAACACUGACGGCGUGCUCAUCGACGUGACUCGCCUUCACGAACCCUCGAGGGGCGUACUGGCCCAGUUCAAGGCCCCUACCACUCCUGAUGUCUCGGACGGGAUUGAAAUCGCAGUGCGCGAGGUUUUGAAGAUCGCUGGCAUUCCUCCGGAAAAGGUCUCCUGCCUCAGCAUCGGUACGACCGCUUUCAUCAAUGCAGUCUUGGAGGCGGAUGCCCGGCGGCUUGCCAAGGUAGCUGUGAUUCGUCUGUGUGGUCCGUACACGAAGCAGUGCCCACCAUUCAUCGACUUCCCCCUUCGACUGCGUACUCUAACUGAGGGUCAUGUCGGCUAUGUCGACGGGGGCCUGCAAAUUGAUGGCCGUGAAAUUGUACCGCUAGUGGAGGAGCAGGUCGUUGAGCAGUGUGCGCUCAUCAAGGAGAAAGGUUUGAAGAAUGUGGUCCUAUGUGGUGUCUACUCGCCGCUCGAUAACGACGGCAAACAUGAAGCUGCUGCGAAGGCAAUCAUAGAGCGCGAGCUGGGUUCUUCGGUCAACAUCGUCUGCUCCCGUGAUGUCGGACAGGUCGGCUUCUUGGAACGCGAGAAUGCGUCCAUCCUCAACGCGUCCAUCCUGACCUUCGCCCAACGCACCAUCCGCGGCUUCCAGAACGCUAUGCGCGCACUGAACCUCUCCUGCCCGCUCUUCCUCACCCAGAACGACGGCACGCUGACGACGGCCGCCUCCGCGGCGCAGCUGCCGAUCCGCACCUUCGCGUCUGGGCCAACCAACUCGAUGCGCGGGGCGGCGUUCCUCGCGGGCCUCGACGAGCAGAAGGCCUCCCAGACGCGCAAGUCGACGAUCGUCGUCGACAUUGGCGGGACGACCGCAGAUGUCGGGGUGCUGCUCCCGUCGGGCUUUCCGCGCCAGGCGGCAUCGUUCAUCGAGGUUGGCGGCGUGCGCACGAACUUUGCCAUGGCGGACGUGCAAUCGAUUGGGCUGGGCGGCGGGUCGCGCGUCAGGGCACACGAGACGCCGAAGGGCCUGCACGUCUCUGUUGGGCCUGACUCCGUCGGGCAUUACCUCACGCGGGACGCGAGGGUGUUUGGAGGAGAGGUGUUGACCGCGACAGAUAUAGUCGUCGCAAGCGGGCGCGCUGACCUGGGUGCGAAGGACCGAGUAGGCGACGUCAGUCCUGAAGUCGUCGAGAAGGCCGGCAAGAGCAUCAAGAAACAGCUGGAGGGAAUCAUCGACAAGAUGAAGACGUCCCCCGAAGACAUUACGGUGCUUCUUGUCGGCGGCGGUAGCAUUAUUGCUCCUGAUGAACUGGCCGGUGUGGGUGAGAUCCUUCGGCCUCCGCACUUUGGUGUCGCAAAUGCAGUUGGUGCAGCCAUGGCGAAGGUGGCAGGUGAGAUUGAUACCAUUGAGUUACUGGAGGGCCGCAACAUCCGCGAUAUCAUCGAGGGCCUCAAGGCACAAGCACUCGAAAAGGCGAUUAAGGCCGGCGCUGACCCAAGUACGACCAAGAUUGUCGAGGUCGUUAAUCUACCAGUUCAGUAUGUCACAAACCAAGCCACUCGUAUCAUUGUCAAGGCAGCCGGAGACCUUGCGCCUGAGGCAGUCGCUGCCGUAGCCACUCCGGACAGCAAACUCGACGCUGCUGAUGACGUCAAUGUCGAGGAAGGCGAGAAGGCUGGUGUCGACGAGGAGUCGGAAGAGCCGAGCAUCGACAUCGAGGCGUACAAACCGGAAAUCCGUGCAGAUCGGUCGUGGAAUCUUUCUGAACUCGAUCUCGAAUGGAUCGCUGAAGGGUGUGGUGUUCUGGGGACGGGUGGUGGUGGUUCGACGUACCCGCCCUUCCUCAUGGCCCGUCAGCUGAUGCGAAAUGGCAAGGAGAUCAUUGUCGUUGACCCGGAUGAUGCUCCUGAAGACGCGAUCUUCCUGCGUUGCAUGUCGAUGGGUGCACCGAGCGUGUCUGUUGAACGUCUUCAGGGAUUUACGGAGAUUUCCGAUUCCAUACGUGCUCUGAUGAAGUACAUGGGACUUAAGGAUGUCACCGGCGUUAUCUCUGACGAGAUCGGUGGUGGUAAUGGUGUACAGCCUAUGAUCACCGCGGCCGAGAUGGGCAAGAAGGUUCUCGAUGGUGACCUUAUGGGCCGUGCAUAUCCAAACAUGUACCAAUCGCUACCGGGUGCUUUCAACAUUCCUGGCGGUCUCUGGCCCUGUGCUGUCUCUGACGGCGUGGGCAAUACAGUGCUUCUGCCUAGCGCUGCCAAUCCUAAGGCGGUGGAGAGCAUUCUCCGCAUCGUCGCCACCGAGAUGGGCUCGAGAGCGGGAGUUGGUAUGGCGCCCCUGACGCGCGUCAAGUGCCAACAGUAUGGUGUUACGCAUACCGUCUCACAGGCAUGGCGCAUAGGACGAGCGAUCGCGCUCUGUAGGAAACAUAACAACUUGAAGUCCAUCCCUUCGGCCAUCCUCGAACUGCAGAAUGGCGCUUGCUUGUUCAUUGGGAAGAUCGUCGACGUCCAACGUGAAGUCCGCAAAGGAUUCACGUGGGGCUCUGUAACAAUUGUACCGCUUCUAGAGGACGAAGAGGAAGAGCCUACCACUGGGACAAGCUCGACCUCCCCUGGAUACGCCUCCGAUGACCGUCUCAUCAUUCCUUUCCAGAACGAAAACCUGUACGCGUACAUUGAGAAGCCUAACGGCGAUAAGAAGGUUUUGGUCACUGUUCCGGAUCUUAUUACUGUCCUGGACUCCCAAAACGGAGCAGCACUCGGGACGCCUGACUACCGGUAUGGCUUGCGUGUUACUGUCAUUGCGCUCGCGGGCGAGCCAAAGUGGACCACAACACCGGAAGGUCUGGCAUGCGGUGGCCCAACAGCCUUUGGCCUGCAUGACAUACCGUUUACUCCGAUUGCGGAAUACAAGGAACCCUCCAGCGUCGUCGUACAGUAUGCUUCGGUAUAG